AUGACAGAAGAAGGAAACUCAGCGCACUACAUCAAAGGAAUAAACCUAAUUGAGAAGCUGGUGCAAGCCUUCCAAAGCAUUGAAUCUUCUCAGGAGGAUUUCUCCGUCAGCAUCAAUCUUUUGGACGAUCAAGAGAUUUUGUCAUCACUAUGUGGAAUGUCCCUAUGUGAUUUUCAAAUGACUCAUCUGUCAGUCGAGGAUGUCCUUUUUUUUCAAACUUACCACCAUGGUUUUGAAAUUGUGGCGUCCAAUGAGGAAUUGGACCACACUAAUGAUCAUAGUAUUGAAUUAGAUGACUGUGAUUCCAGUUUGGGCAAUCAAUGGAAGAUCCAACAGCUUCCUCUUGAUUCAAAAAGGACCAUCCACCAUAUGACUGGAAUUCUUCAUCGCAAGCUUGCUCCUUUCUGGGCUCCCAAAUUCGAAGAAAAGUGGACCAAAAGCCUUGUUGGAAAAAAAAGCUUUUGGCAAAAAGGUGUACUCCAUGGUGUUUACAAUCCACAGGCCAGCAGGUUUGACAGGAUCAAUUUGUCAACAAUAAACUGGCGUGUGGGAUACAUUUGGAGGACUUUAGACAGUAAUGCAGAGACGGCCCCUGGAGGAGGUCCCAGUAUUGAUGAAAUAGGAAAGCUUUGGCUCAAUGAAUGUGAGCCAAUACCACAACCGCAUGCAGAAAGGAAAUGGCUGGAACACCGUUCUAGUCUGGUCUAUGCCAUCGACGAGAAAGCCAGAGUUGUCAUACCAGACAUGUAUCACAAAUACAAUAUGAGGAAUCUGCCUCCUGAAUUGCAGUUCCUUCAUGACUCUGUCAAGUUGGCAAAACCUCUGCUGGAGAUGCUGAACUUUGACAAUGUGACAUGUGGGUCCCUGCUGCAUGGUCAGUGUUUUUCAAUACCGUUUCUAGUUUGGACUUAUUUCAAGGGCAUCGAUGAGGGCAAAUAUAUGGUCGAUCCAACAAGAUCAGGCAAUGCCCCAGACCGUCUGUUACGCGUGAGCUCUGUGGAUGCUCUGGAGGAUCUUGAUCAUGACAAAUGUGAUGAAGUCUUUGUUGUUUUUGGAACCCAACCUCCACAACUCAUUCGGGCCCAUCCAUGCACUGAAUGGGAGAAGGCUAUACUACAGUGUAUGAAUUCAGAGGAGCAAUGUAGGUCCAAAUUCAUUGGAGACUACUACACAAACCGCAGAGGUGGUGUCUACGCUGAAAAGAACACACCUGUGCCUAAGGUUUACAAUUUACUAGUACUGGCAGUUGGAAAUGAUGGAUUUGGCUGGCAUUCUGACGAAAGGGAUAUGUUAUUCUCUGAAGAUGCAAGCCUUCCAGCAAAUAGUUCCUUCAAGAAACGCCAUCUUAGGGUCCCUACUGCGUUCUUUCAAAAUAGCGACCAAGGGAAUUGUGCUCUAUCCUUCAGACAAGGAAGUGGAGCAUCAUCAAUGCAUAGAGUAAAGAAUGUAUUGCUGGGCCCUGCUGGAAUUCAUUGGCAAGGUGACUACAACCAGGUGAAACUCCGCCACAAGGCUGCAACAAGGAUGCAAUGUAAAGGUGGUGCAAGGUUCUACCGACUCACUGUAUCCUGCAGAGAAUCCCCUGGGAAACUUCAGAAAGAGGGUAUGAAUCGUCUUCUUUCUUGUUUCCCAAACCUCCAAAAAUUUGACCACAAAUGGCAGUACACCAUCAGAAUCAACUUUCUAAAGUCGGCCUCUCCUCUGUCGAGUACUGCUCGUGAAGGUCUGGCUGCCCAUUUUCCUGGCCUUCUUGCUGAUGAUGACUCUUCCAACAAUGCAUAUAAACAAGUGCUCCCCACAACUGUUGUUGCCGGCAUAGACGAAUUGAACCAUCGGAAGAAGCAUCAAUCAGCCCUACUCCACAAAAUAUCUGACUUGAAUAAAGCCAAUUAUGGAACAAGAGCGCAUGCUGGUCCCCUACCCCCUGAGUACCCAUUGCAAAAGAAACCAACACUGGCCAUGGACAAGACUCCACUUGCCAUGAAAAUCUCUUCUGGUCCUGUUCUUUCCAAGUUUGAAGCGGAUGGUUACCGUGUUGGUGUACAGGUGAAGGAUAACAGUCGUGUAUUCUGGCAGGGUACAAGAUUCGGCAAUGGAAUGCAGCCAAAAGCGGGAGACUUUGUGGAUCGUCAGGACGUGGGAUCCAUGUUUGGUUUGACAGAUAACGGACGAAUAGUCGAACCCUUUGGUAGCAAUCCAAUGACACUGAAUUGCAUUCACCUGUCCAAGCCACUUCGGGCCAGUCUCUUGUCUUCAAACCUGCGGGAACGGCGUGGGCCAUAUCAAGAUUUUCUUUCUGCAGAAAAUAGAAAAGGUUUUGACGUUUAUCUUAGGGGUGGGGCCCUCUCAUCCCCUGGUGCCUCAGGUCCUGUUGUGGAUGCACCAGUAGUUGUUGCCAAUGGAUCAGCUGGGGUCUCACACAUCAUGCCAACUAUACAGUCCAUUGGAGAGAAACACAAUGCGGCCCUUUUGACGGCUUGUCUUCUUGACAAGGUAGUUCACGUUUUUGUGACAGAUCACCAGUUACCUGAAAGUGAAAGAGUUGGUGAGUGUGCCGAUGGUGGACAGUAUACUCAAAGUGGCUACUGUGGAUGCUACAGAUUGCAAUCAGCUGCGACUGUUCCACCAAUGAGCUUGACAGAGAUGCAAUCUUACCUUAAUGCUGUAAAGGAGAAGUACGGUUCAGAAAUUAGCCACUCUGAGCUUACCAUUGCUAAUCUUUCCUUUCGGUCACAGAAGUGUUUCUGUAUCACAUUGGUGCCCAUCAAUCAAGCAUCUGUGCCUCACAAAAAUGACUUCAAGAUCAAAAUGGAAGAUAAACGAUGCAUCUGCUUCCCCAUCCCCCAUCAUUCAAAACCGGAUGAAUUUUGCAUUGGUGCAGAUAAGGAGAUCGGAACAGUUCUGGAUGAUCCUCUCAACAACAGUGAACUCAUAAUGACCCAACCAUCCAGGAGAACUAUCAAUCCACAAAAUAUGCCACUGAUCCUUUCAGGAAUGCUUCUUGCCACUGCCUUUCGGGCCACCCGGCUAAAUGUUGACACAAACGGAAAGGUCGGUCCCCUUGUCGACCAAUAUGAAGACAGCCAGUUUGAAAUCCCAAUGUACAAAAGAAGUUUUGUAAAUGCUUCUGAAAACACAGCCUACUUGUCUACCAUUGGUCCAAUAUUCCAAAAUCAUCCUUUCCCUUCUCCCCUACGUUGUGUGGAUGCCAAGGUUGCAAUGCUUCUUGAAGAAUAUCCAUCAACAGAGCGUUUGUCCCGGAAUAUGAAUUGGAUAAGGCAGCCUAUUAAAGACGAUCCUUUGCGACUGGUCCGGCACUGUAUGUUAACUGAGGUAAUUGGCAAUGCAAGGACACUACAUCUGUGGAGAAGCAGUUACUCAGAUGAGGAGCAAGGGGAAAAUGUGGAGACGGAUCAUUACCAAUGGAUUUUCCCUUCAACUGAACCUGAACUGGAAUCAUUUUUGGAAUUGAUUACAAUAGCAGGUCAGCAGGGUGAGGUGGAUGGUAAACGAAUCAUGAAACGGUUCCUGCAUGGGCAGUAUUGUCAAAAACAUUUCAUAAAACAACCAUCGGAUCUGAUCACUGUUGUAAGGGCCAUAUGGUCCAUAUCCAAAGUGCUUUUGGACCAACUGUGCACAAAUUGUGAUCUUACUUUCGAAUCUUGUGUGAAGUUUUUAAUGGAAAGCUUUGAUCGCUAUCAUCAGCUGCCAUCAUCAAAACAUCAAGUGGCAUCAAUGCUUAGCAACAUAGACAUGUUGCUAGCUGGGGAGCCUUUUGGAUCAGCAGUGACUUCGUUCCGGGGCAAGGGCUCAAAGUAUGGUGCAGAUCUCCUGGAUUCUGUUGCACUUGUGCAAUGGUUGAACAGGAGAAAAGUCCAAACCAAUGGAACCAAAUCUGAAGAGCAGCUGAUCCUGUUGUGGUUGUCUGUUCGUGUGAAACUGUUUGGUGAUUUCAUGGAUUGGCUUCAUGUAGACAGCAGGACAGGAGCACUAAUGGUUACAUAUUCAGGAAUGAAGGCAAAUGUCUUUGAUGCAGAACACAUUCUCUGCAAGUUCUACAUUUACAUGGAGUACAGUGGUGGGGGGGCUAGGGCGUUUUCUAACAAGCCCAUGUGGCGGAAAGACAAUUGCCACCCCAUUCUUGGUGUGGAAUUCAAAAAUCUAAGCAGCUACAUGGUCAACAAUGUUGUGAAACAAUUUGCUAGUCGGAUGGACAUGGAGGGUCUACAGGUGAGAAGGCGGGUAUCUGGUUUGCUUUCCAACAGCAACAGUGAACUCCUAGAGGAAAUGAAAGACAUAUGCCAAAGGGCACUUGAAACUGGAGCUACACGAGAAACUUUUACUCGAAAUUCUGACCCUGUGGACCGUGGUUUGAACGCUCACAUCCAUAAUGUUGGAUACAUGGUAUCUCAUCAAGCAUACAACAAAUUGGCUGGAGAGGUAGAUUGCAACGGUGCCACUGAUCUGAGGUUGGCAACAUUAGCAGAAAGAAAGCAUGGUCGCCUACUACCCUCCCUGGAGGACUGUGUUGAUCUGCAUGCCACACUCACAGAGAGGCGGUUUGAACUACCUGGGGGCACAUUCCACUCUCCAGCCUAUGACACCGAAGACAUUUCCUGCUCCACAAUGUUUGGGUGGCAUUUGGAUAAGGGUGGGGUUUCAGAUGUCGUUCGGUUUGUCCCCGUUGAGGGUCACUUUUAUCUGUUCAUUGAGGAAUCUCAAAAGCUGGGAUACCAACGCAUUGGCUGA